AUGACUGUGGCCGUGGAAACGACAGCGCCUUGUGCUCAAUGCUCGCUAGAUCUGCCGACAGUCCUCACUCAACUCGACAGCAGCUACUUUGUCCCGUUCGAUAAUGACAAUGUGAUCGGUUAUGAUGUCGAUGGGUGCGCUGUGCGCAACCUGACCUGCACUUCGAAUCGGCCAGAUAAAAUUGGGCCGAUGAUUGAGUUCAACAAUGGGACUCUCGGCACGCUGCCCGGGGAUUUAAAUGAGACGGUGACAAUUCAGCUGAUCUGCAAGGAGAGCGGUGACUGGAAGAUGACCCUAUUCGGAUUCACCAAUCAAAUCGACAUUUUAUCGUGUUUCGGUGCUUUCAGCAGCAUCUUUCCG